GCGUUAAAGGGUAAACACGCCUCCAUGUUCAUCCUGCUUGUUCAAACCUCAAAUCAACUUCCCAUAAAUAGCAUAAAAAUGAACUCUAGGUAGGUGUUAGAGAUGGAGUGAGAUACUCAGUCAUUUCAGAUCCGCAGUGCAAAUUCUCUCCCAAAUCUGUACAGCACAGCUGUUCGACACUCACCCUCAUGAGAAAGAGGAAGUAAAAGCUAUGCGCAGUUUUGCAGAAAAUUGUUAACGGCGGUUGAGAGCAGAACCUCCUAAACUCAUCAACUUUAUCUAAAUCACAAGAAAUAUUCUUCCAGCUCCAAGAAAAUCUGCAGACACUCAGCAAGAGUCUUACAGGCAUCAUGACCCUCCUUUAUAUUUACAUCUUAUGGGUCGCUGCCUGUGUGGACUCCAUCAGUGCAGAUUCUCUCGUUACUGUAUCAGCUCGAGUGGGUUCCACAGUCGUCCUGCCAUGUAACCUGAGAAAGGAGUUCACCAAAACACCACAUGUUCGAUGGCACAACGGUGUUGAAGUUGUGUUUGAGCGAAGCAGUGAUGGUAAGUAUAUAGACCCAGGAUAUGAAGGACGUGUGGACGUUCCUGAAGACGAACUGCGUAAAGGAAACUGUUCCCUGGUGUUGAAGAACGUCAGAAUCACUGAUGACGGUCUCUAUAAAUCCUUUGUGGCGGAAUACGUGGACAGAACUAACACAGGCAAAACACAAGAAAUCAGCAGGGUUGAACUCUCAGUCGAUGCUUUUCAGAUAUCUGCUCAAGUGGGUUCCACAGUUGUCCUGCCAUGUGAAUGGAGCGAUCUGUCCAUCCAAACACCUCACGUUCAGUGGUAUAUCGAUUCUGAGAUUGUGUUUGAGCGAAAGGGUAAAGACUCAUUACAGGGUGAGAGAUAUGAGGGUCGUGUGGACGUUCCUGAGGACGAGCUGCUUAAAGGAAACUGUUCCCUGGUGUUGAAGAACUUCAGUGCUACUGAUGCUGCUGUCUACAGAAGCUCCAUGGUAGUGAAACAGAAAAACAGAAAAUUGGUCCAGAAAGUUAAACUCUCAGUCUACGAAAAACCUGAAGAGAAGAAAGAUCAAACAUCAAGUGAAGCUGGAAUAAAUUGCUCUUGCCCGCUGGUCCUCAUCAUUUCCCUCUUUAUGUGUUUUCUCUUCUCACGUUGAGGAAACAUCAGUGUGAUCUGCCUGAGUACAGAGGCUUCUGUGAGCCCAAGAGAUCCAGCUUACAGAAUAGACUUAUUUAUUAUUGAAAAAGAAACAAGGAAGAUUUCAGUGUUUCAUCUACAUUGUCAACAAUCAGAAGCCAUGGGUAGACUGAUCCAUGCGGAAAGCUCUGAACGAGCGCAUAGCUGCCUACAACGCAGGGCUGCAGACCAGCAACAUGGACGAAUACAAAGCGGCGUCCUACAACCUGAGGAAAAUGGUGAGGGAAGCCAAAAGGAAAUACAGGGACAAGAUUGAGACCCAGUUUAAGCAGGCAGAUUCCAGGUGUCUGUGGCAGAGCAUGCAAACUGUUACAGACGACAAACCCAAGCCCCCCACCAUUAAUAACGGCAGUGCCUCCCUAGCCAACGAAUUGAACAUCUUCUAUUCAUGGUUUGAGGUUACCAGCACAGACCAGGAAAACCAUGAGUAUGAACCAUCAGGUCUAGCUGGGGAACAGGAAAGACUGGUCAUUACAGAACUGGAUGUGAGGAAGGUGCUACACGAAGUUAACACCAGAAAAGCAUGCGGUCCGGACAACAUCCCUGGAUGUGUGCUAAAAGUCUGUGUUAACCAACUAGAACCUGUCUUUACCAUCAUCUUUAACCUCUCCCUCAAGCAGAGAGCUUGAGGCCCAUUUGAACACAUCUACAUGGACUUUAUUGACAUGACAGAAAAGAAAGAAGGGGAAAGGUACUGUCUAGUAGUGGUAGACAGAUUCUCUAAGUGGGAAGAAGCCUUUCCAUCCAACCACAAUGAUGCACAGACAAUUGCUAAAUGUUUAGCAUAAACAUUUUAUGCUUUAUAUAUAUUUUACAUUUUGGGAGUGAAAUUUGAACACACUAACAUACAUAGCAGUUAUGGUCAUGUGACCUUUAUUCAACAACAUUGCCCAUAGCAACACAAUUAUAGUGCCAUAAAGCCACACACACCUCAUUAUGUUUUUUUAUUACUAUUAGUAUUAUUAUUAUUAUUAUUAUACAGUUUUAUCUGGGUGAGGAGCCAUUUUGAGAUUAUGGGCUAUCACUGUCAGUUCUGACAUUCCUACAUGGGAAUAUGUAGAACAUAUUGUAGAGCUAAAAGUUAGUUUCUCCUCCAGCUCAACACACUGACACUUCCAGGAUCUUUUUUCUUUUAGACUGUAAAUAAAAACUGACUGUAAAUAAAACAGAUAUUGAUUGGUCAA